GAUAUCUUCAAGACUCGUCAAUGAUAUCUCAUUUUGGCAAUAAGUAUGGUUCCUUUCUGCUAGUUGCUGCUGUAAAUGCUCUGAAAGGGGAUACAUCUGGAACCAUUUGUAGAUCAGGUUCCAACAACAAUGAGCUUGGUGGUACGGUAAACUUAAUCUGUGAAAUAUCUGAGGACAUUUCUUCCCAAUUGCACUUGGGUGUCAUGAAAUCUGCCCGCAGAGUUGUGCUCGAUGGGGUUAUAAGUGAUAUUAUUGCAGAAUUUUUUACUGAAAAGAAACACAAGAGGCAGAAGCUUGAUUCAACUAACCUGGCUUCUGAGACCUCCGUGGUUGACAGCAAAAGGGUGAUGUUUUUGUUUCUAUACAUGUAG